AUGGCCUGCGUCGCACCAACAUCCUUGGAGCAAGGUAAAUACCACCCACUUGCCAUACCACGGACGGGUGAGAAGACCGGCCAUUCACCCUCUUUCCAGGUCACAGGGGUGAACACCAUCUCUCGGCCCAUUGGGUAUGUCAGCCCUUCUGGCCCCGAGCGCCAAACCAGUGCAGACGACCACCACUGGCCUCUUUGCAUCAUGGAACAAGUCUGCAUGGCCGAUAUUUUGAAAAUAUUCGGAGGUAUUCCUAUUCGUCAAGACGGGGUCUUGGGGGCAGCUCUCAUAGGGACCCCAGAUCUUAUGCGAGUGAGCAAUUGUGACCGAAUGAUUCAUUCCAGAGCUACCUUCUGCUGUCAUAAGGAAAUAGUAUCCAUCCUUCUUGUAGAGAUAUGGUCCUUCGAGAAAGAUGCCGGUUGUGCCGUUCCAGAUCUGCUGAGGUUGACCUACAGUGCCGGCUUUGAGAUCGAUUGUCUGAAGGUAGGUACCAGCAGUGGCAAUGUAUACGACGUCAUCAUCGCCCCAAGAGAGAUCUGGAUUGAUAGAUACAGGAUCAUAAUGAACUGGGUCACUGCAUGCACUGUCACUGUAAGGGUCUGGUGUCUUGAAGACUAA